AUGGCCAUGAAAACAGCGAAAGUGAAGAAGGAAACUGUUAUCCAACCAAGAGGAAAGGUGAGAAGAAUUUUCAGGAUAAUGACAGAGGAUGACUCUCAGGCGAGAAACAAGAGAUCCCAAGAGCUAGAAGUUCAUCCCAUUCAAAAAGCACUUUGUCUGAAUGUCAAUACUGGGAAGAAAAGCUUUAAAACAAUCCAAGAUGGCACCGCAGCCCUGGGGGCUCCCUGGGGAAAGAUCAACCACCCACAACAGAACCUAAGAAGAAGUGUUCAAGCUAUGGCUAUGUUGAAACUAGAGAGACGACUGAAGUUCCAGAUGAUGGGGGCUGUGAUAGACUGAGGGCUGAUCACGCAUCACUAGCUCAAUAAGUGGGCAUCUAAUGCAGAUGCAAACACUACUCUGUCUGUGUAGAAGUGCAGAAAACUCCUCCAGCAGAUUCGGCAUGCCCAGAAAGAGAGAGCAGCCAUGGAAGUGGAAACAGCCAGGACUGGUGGACCACAUCCCAAAAGGCAAAAGAAGACAAAAGCACCGCAGGAUAUAGAGAGGGAAGACCUUGAAGCUAACUGCUAA